AUGGCCGCCGUAGAAAACUCUACCUCUACUUCACAGGAGGUAUUUGAGGGAACCGAAGGCCAAUAUCUCCUGCCCCAUCACGUCAGCGAAAUCGACCGGCUCAGGAGACAACAUGAGUAUACCAAAGUCUGCAGCGAUGGCAACCUGCUAGGAUUCCCCUUGCCCGAGUCGAGCCAGCAACUCGAAAUCCUCGACAGUGGCUGUGCAGACGGGACCUGGCUGCUGGACCUGGCUCGCGACUAUCCUCAGAAGCAGCUUGCCCUUCACGGCAUUGAUAUUGGCUCCCACUUGUUCCUGGCAAACCCCCAUCUCGAUCUUCGCCAGCAUGACCUCCUCCAGUCAUUCCCCGAUAGCUGGGGCUGGAAAGAACACUUCGACAUCAUCCACCAGCGCUUCUUGGUCUGGGGACUAAAGGAAACGGAGUGGCCCAGAGUUUUGAAGAAUCUCCAAAGUGUGUUGAAGCCCGGCGGUCGCAUCCAGUUUGUCGAAUGCAAAUGGAUCUUCCCAAAUUUGUGGGAAACCCACCCCGAGCAGCACAAAUUGGCUUUGACCCAAAUCUGGUCCACUAAGACGGCAGGCAUGGACAUCUACAUCGGCGAAAAACUCACCGACCUGCUGCAGGAGUAUGGGUUCGAAGAUAUCACGACCGUCUCAUAUCCUUUUGCUUAUGGAGCAAGUGCGAAACAUGAAAAGGACCGCGACUCGUCUGCCCAGCUGUGGGUGGAGAGCUUCCGGCAUCUGGCUGGUCGCAUAGGUGAGGAUGGCAUCCCUGGCGUUGCCAAGACGCCCGAGGAAUACCACGCCUUCUUGGACCGCCUAGUGGAAGAGAUCAAGGCGAUUGGCUAUGCUCCGGAAUUGAGGAUGAUUUCUGGUCGGAAGCCCCUGUGA